AUGGUGAGCAAACGCAAGAGAGUUCUUGAGGACUUUGAUCCGAACAAGUCCGACUCCGAAGACGAGAAUUUUGACCCCUCGGAGACGCGUCCUCUCAGAAGCUCCAAGAAAGCACGACCAUCCCGAGGUUCUCGAAUUAGUGGCGGCCGGAAAAAGAGCCACAGAUAUCGAGGCUCGGAUAUUGACGACGACGACGAGAUCUUAUCCGGCAGUUUGGCAGAAGACUCGUUCAAUGAGGAUGGUUCAGACGACGUGGAAGUACCGGUAAAUGCGGCUGGACGGCGGACGAGAAAAGCCGCUCGAACUCAACUCAAUUACAGAGAAAGCUCAGCCGAGGAGGACGCGGACCCUGAUCUUGUGCAAGAUUCGGAUGAUGUCGGCGACUUGGACGAAUCGGAAGGGCCUGCCACCAGAAGAGUCGUCAAACUCAAAGUCCCCGCCAAAUCAUCCACAGAGAUCGUGACUCGAAGGACAACCCGCGCUAGUACCGCCGAUGCUGAGGAAUUCGUGGAGCUGUCCAACUCGGGAAAACAUGCUGUCGUCUCUCGCGAUUCCCGUAGCCGUAGCCCUGAGACGUAUUCACGAAUCCGGCGUCCUUCUCGCUCAACAAAAGCUCUGCAUGCGAAGCCAGAGACCAUUGAAGAAGUAACCCAAGAAAGCAGUAGUCGAGCUGCUCACGAUGCGGACGAGCCAGACGAACUCUCCCACGAGUACCAAGCCGGCGACAAGAAGGAUGUCGACGAGGAGAAAACAGCCGGUGGCGUCGCGACUGACGACGGUAAUGUGGCUGCCAAGCAAGAUGAGACUGUAACCGCGGACGAUGACGACGAUGACGACGUUCCUGUUACGCGUAGGACGCGUGCAUCAAGGGCUGCAGCUGUGCAUGAGGAGCAGCAGAAAGCGGAUGAUAUCGCUGCGGAAGACGCCGCGGCUACAUCUCGCCGAUUAACACGCGGGAGGUCAAAGAAAUCCACGCAGGAACCAAGCAGUGAUUUUGAGCCUGGGGACGAUUCCGAGGAUGAAGUCAUGUCUCAGAGCAAGGCAGACGCAGUGGAAAGCCCUACCCCCAGAGCUCGAGGCAAUAGGCGUAGCGCAAAAAACUCUCGCCGGGGUGGUGAUUCUGGUGACGAGGAGCUCGAUGUGGACCUAGACGAGCUGAAUGAGGAAGCGCGCGAGUUGCGGCAAGCUUCUCGGCCCCGACGGCGACCCAGGGACGAGUCCCCGAUCGUUUACCAAGAAUCCCGCCGAGCUCGAACAAAAGUGAACUACUACAUGCCGCCGCUGACGGCCGUCAACAUCGAGGAGGAAGAAGUGGAAGAUCCCGCUCCCACUCCGGCACGACGUCGCAGAGGGGGCACCAACAUGGGAUGGGAGAGAACUCUCAACACCACCUUUGGUCCUUUCGGAGGCGGCGGCGGAGUCGGCGCAUUGCUCAGUGGUCCUUGGGGCACUGGUGCCGCUGGGGGCGCUGAUUCAGACAGCAGUGAUGAUGAAAUGGUCCACCGCUCUGCUGUCGCCGGAAACGUGGGGAUGACGCCGACUUCAGGGGCGACGGUGGGCGGUUUGCUGCAAGGUGCUUCUGGCCUCAACGUCGAGGCCACUCCCAACGUAGGCAAGAUCAAGGACAGGAAGGCUCUCGCCGACGCGGACCCUCUCGGCGUGGACAUGAAUGUCGAUUUCAGCAAGGUAGGGGGCUUGCAAGGCCACAUUGACCAGCUGAAGGAGAUGGUACAAUUGCCGCUUCUCUACCCCGAGCUUUUCACCAAGUUCCACGUAACGCCGCCUCGCGGAGUACUAUUCCACGGUCCUCCGGGUACUGGAAAAACUUUGCUUGCUCGUGCUCUCGCCAAUUCCGUCGGCUCCGGUGGCCGCAAGAUCUCGUUUUAUAUGCGAAAGGGUGCUGAUGCCUUGAGCAAGUGGGUUGGCGAAGCGGAGAAGCAGCUGCGGCUCUUGUUUGAGGAGGCUAGGAAGACCCAGCCCAGUAUCAUCUUCUUUGAUGAGAUUGACGGCUUAGCUCCCGUCCGAUCCAGCAAGCAGGAGCAGAUCCAUGCGUCCAUUGUGUCAACUCUUCUGGCUUUGAUGGAUGGCAUGGAUGGCCGCGGACAAGUUAUUGUGAUUGGCGCCACAAACAGGCCUGACAACAUCGAUCCUGCACUGCGGCGGCCUGGCCGUUUUGACCGCGAAUUCUACUUUCCUUUGCCCGAUAUUGAUGGGCGCAGAUCUAUACUCGAUAUUCACACCAAGGACUGGGGCUUGUCACCGCAAUUCAUGAGCUCCCUUGCCGAAAAGACCAAAGGUUACGGUGGUGCCGAUUUGCGAGCGCUCUGCACGGAAGCCGCCCUCAACUCUAUUCAGCGCACCUAUCCGCAGAUCUAUAGUUCGACCGAGAAGCUGAUUGUCGACCCGGACAAGAUCAGCGUUCAUGCUUCUGACUUCAUGAUGUCCAUCAAGAAACUCAUUCCAUCAUCAGAGCGCUCAGCGACACCGGGGGCGAAGCCCUUACCCAAGGCUGUGGAACCGCUUCUGCGAAAUCAGCUGAGAGACGCCAAGAGGUUCCUGGAUGAGUUACUGCCAAGGAAAAAGAAGUCGACGGCACUUGAAGAAGCAAUGUACGAGCAAUACGACGAUGACGAUGACGGGUUUGGACGCGAAGCUAUCCAACAGGAGUUUGAGCGGUCUCGCGUAUUCAGACCCAGGUUCCUCAUCUAUGGCACACAAGGCAUGGGUCAGGGCUAUAUAGCCUCAGCCAUUUUGCACUACUUUGAAGGCGUCCACGUCCAAAACUUUGAUCUAGGGGCCCUUCUUGCAGAUGGACGACCGAUGGAGCAAGCCAUUGUUGGUCUAUUUACAGAGAUUCGGCGUCAUAAACCUAGUGUGAUUUAUAUUCCCAAUGUCGAGGUUUGGUACGCAACACUGGCUGGCACUGUUGCCUUCGUCGCCUUUCACACUGCGUUACGGUCUAUUCCGCCCACCGAUCCAGUACUUGUUUUAGGAACAGCCGAUUGUGACAAACACGAGCUCCCUGAUGGGCUUUUGAAUGAAUUUUUUGGCUUCUCCCACAAGAACAAAAUGGAAAUCACCCGACCUGAAAGGGAUAACCGGAUGGAAUAUUUUUCUUGGACACUGGAGUAUGUCAAGAAGAAACCUGCAGAGUUCCCCAGCCCAGAGAAUCGAAAGAAGCGUGUGUUGGAGGAGCUUCCUGUUGCGCCAGCCAUUGCACCGAGGCCGCCCACGAAAGAGGAGGUGAAAGCUAUCAAGAGGAGAGAUCAUCAAUUUCUCAACUGCCUCAAGACGUAUCUCCAGCCCAUCAUGGAUCAGAUCAACAGGAAGUACAAGAAAUUCAGACAACCAGUCAUCCCUCAGAGCCAGAUUGAUUAUCUCUUUGCCGAGUCGGAUCCCAACUACGUCCGACCGGAUGUUGCCGAAGGCAUGGUGCGGCCGUACGAAAUAGUCAAAGACAAACACGGCCACGACGUCCUCCGCGACACGGCCACCGGAAAGUGCUACUACAACCUCGAGACGACCACGAUCGAAGAACGCCUAUCCAACGGGUUUUACGCCAGGCCAAAGGAUUUCCUGUUCGACAUCAAAGCUCUUGCUAAAGAUGCCAGAAACAUUGGCGAUAAGGAGCGUACGCUAAAGGCCAACGAGUUGCUCAGCAAUGUGGAGGUUGAUAUCGCUACCAUCGAAGCCGCUCAUCCAAAUAUCGACUGGGACGGCCUACACAGCCGCCAGGUGCGAAGAGCUGCCGAGGCUGCCGAGAAGGAGCGGAAGCGCAAGACCGUGAGGUCGAUACUGGAGCGUGUGCAGUCUGACCUGGGGGGUGGGGAUGAGGGUGAAUCACAAGCACCGCCAAGCUUGGGUGAGCCCGUGCCAGGAUCCUGCACGACGGCCCGUUUCCAGCUGCGAAGCCCCCUGUCCAAUGGACAAGUUGAUGACAAGACAGCAAACACGAGCAACGGCACAGAGGGAGGGCAGAAGGAAGGAAACGACGCGGUCAUGAGCGGAGUCGACGAUCAAACACAACCUGCUACCCAGGCAUCAGUGAUGGGACCCCCAGCCGCAGACAAGCCAGAAGACAUUUCUUCUGCCCACUCGGCUGGAGGAGGGCAUGGCGGCGUGACGCAGAUAUCUCAAAAGUCGGCGGUAACUCCUCUCCCCCCCGGAGUAUCCCCAUCAGCGGUGAUCAACGAUGCGUCGACCACCAAGACAUCAGAUCCGUCGACUCACAGGUCGUCGAAUCUCAGCACGCAGCUAACCAACGGCAACCACGGGGGCCCGUCGAGCGGUGAGAAUGGCAACGACGCGGAUAUCCCAGACACUCUUGCGAAUGCGAGCCAAGUCACCCCGAGUGACGAUGGCUGGAUCCAUUCGCAAGCUCACGGCCUUGCGCACAGCAACGCAGGGGCAGCUGGACGAAGCAACCUGGCUGGCAGCCCGGCGUCGUCACAGUCCCAAGCCCUUCUCUCCAGCGCCCAACAACCCGGGGGGCGGCGGUCCAGCGGGCAGCGGUCCAGCGGGCAGCAAUCCAGCGGCAGUGUAGCGGUGCCGUCUCGGCGAGGACUGCAGUCACAACAAGACCCUCCCUUGAUCCGGUUCUCGGGCUCGUCUCAGCCGCCGUCGGUGGAAGGCGCAAUCGAGAAUCUUUUACAGGUGCUGACAGACGGCACAUCGGGCUGCACCAUCGAGCAGCUGGAGCAGAUCAAUCGGGAGCUGAUGGACGAGAUAUGGAAAUCCAGACAUGAAUGGAACCGCCACAAGGUGGUUGGCAACCUCGGCAAGGUGUUUAACGAUACAAUCGGCGAUAUUGAGACCAUGCAGGGAGUAGGGCCGUUCAGCCAAAAACGAAGCCAACUGUAG